GUGUCAGGUAUCAGUCCUCCCAAGGGAUAUGUUGAAGUGAUCUGGAAAAUCAACAAACCGGGUCUUUUGAAUAGUCAACAUCCUCUUGAUUUACUCAAAGCUCACUGGAAGACAGCACUCUUGAAUCAAAAUCAAGUGCGAUCUCUUCUCAUCAGGUCUCAUUUGCACAAAACAACCAAAGCCGGCUUUCGGCCAAGUGGUAAGCCUGCUUACAGAACGGAUAGAUGGCAUGUGACCACGUCGUACAAGGUAAAUGAUACAAUGUUUCGCACAGCACAUGGGUACACCACUGGCGAACAUGACUUCAUUCCAAACUCCUCAACCCUGGCAAACCGACGACCACAGCUGGUUGGCUACAUAGGCAGCGAUGGCACACAACCUUGGCCAUCCGAAGAUCUAAAUCCCAAGAAGCACAGGAAAGAAUAG